AUGGACCCUCAUAGGAAAGCAAUACCCGGGCCCAUGGCUAAAACGAGUUUAAUACCGUCGCGCAAAAUCACUGGUGUAAAUAUGAUUGGUUAUUUAAAGCCUAUCCCGUCGAAUAAGGAAGUAAAAACAGCCCACACUAGCACUCCUACCGUUGAGCACCGCUCUUUCCCUAGUGAAGAAAAUCAGAUCUACAGCGGGCAAGUCAAUGUGUUGGCUAUCUUCGACUUAGAUAAAGUCAUAAGGUGCUGCAAGUAUUCAGAGGAUGUGAAAGAGAUAGCAGUGGGGUUCGCGGACGGCACGAUCCGGGUGCUCGACUGCAGCACGGGAGCGUGCACACAUACCCUGGUGGACGACGAGUGCCGCUCCUACCCCGGUCCUGUCACGUCCAUCAAGCACAGACCCAUCAGCGAUGCACAUCCCAAUUCUAAUACAUUCGUAUCUACAUAUGUUAAUGGUUGUAUAAAAGGCUGGUUGUACAAAUACGACCAAUGUCUAUACACUAUCAGGGAGAAGAGACAGACGCUGGGUCUCACCUACCACCCUCGUUUUUGCAAGUUCGUCACCUACGGGGACGACAGUAGAAUCAACAUGUAUGAUGAAGAGGCACAGAUACAAGAAAGAGCAUUUUACUCAAGCGGUACAAGAGACGUUAUAGACGGCCACACGUGCAGGAUAUUCGCCUGCGCGUUCAACCCGAAGUCGAAUCACGAGUUGGUGUCGGGCGGCUGGGACGACACCGUCAUGUGUUGGGACGACCGCGUGCCGUACGCCACGCGGCACUUCUCGGGCGCGCACAUAUGCGGGGAGGGGCUGGAUUUUGACGAGCCGGGGAAACAGAUCCUUACCUGUUCAUGGCAAGAGACGAACACUAUUCAGUUAUGGGAUUACGGCUCCUGCAAAGUGAUAGAAACUAUUGUCCCGGAUACUUAUCAAUCGAAACUUUAUUGCGGAAGAUUGGUGCCAAAAACGAGUCUCAUAGUUUGUGGUGGAACUGAAAUCAAUAUGCUGCGUGUCGUUGAUAUCAAUCUUAAAAUAACGGAGUGUUCUAUACGUAAUAACCCAGGCGGUAUAUACGGUUUUGAUUUUGGAAGAGUACGAAGGAAAAUUACUCUUGAUACUGGAGGUGGAUGGAAAAAAAUCAGUGAAAUUGGCAGCAUACCGCGUGUCGCCUACGUUAGCGCGAAAAGACUGCAGAUUGUAGACUUCGGCCAAUCCUGAUUAUUCGAGCAGCCACAUUGUUAUGCAUUUAUUU